CAUGGCGACGGCCGCCGGCAGCGGGACCAUGGCGCUGCGGUGGGGUCGGGCUCCGGAGCGCUGGGCCGCUGAGCGGCGCCGGGAGCGGGAGGAGCGCACCCGGCAGCAGUGGGAGCAGGCCAGCCUCGCCUUUGCCAGAGCCGCCGUCUGCUGCUCCCAGCAGGCGAAGUGGAGCGAACCCCGCCCCCGCCCGCCCAGCCCGGCGGCGGUGCGGCGGCAGGCGGAGGAGGCGGCGGCGCGGCUGGAGCAGCGGCGGGAGCGGCUGCGGAGGCUGCUCGAUGAGGAGCGGGAGGCGUUGGCGGCGGAGCUCCGGCGGGGCCGCGGGGCCGAGGCCGUCAGGAGGAGGCAGCGGAGCGAGGAGCUGCGAGCUGGCCGGGAGGAGCGGAGGAGGAAGGUGGAGUCAGAGCAGCGCAGGAAGCACGUGGUGGAGGCGUGGGGAGAGGAGGUCGUGGAAGAAAACAAGGAAGAAGCAGCUGAACUGGAAGAGAAAAAAUGUUAUGAAAAUAAGCAUGACUCUGCACGAAGGGAAGCUCUGGAAAGAAUGAGACAAGAGGAAGAGAAGCGUCAGCUGGAAGAGAAGCAUCAGCUGGAAGAGAAGCAGCAUGCAGAGAUGUUGCUACAGCAAGUAGAAGAACUGAAAUUGCAGGAGGCAGAGGCCACAAAGCUGAAAAAGGAACAAGAGAAUUUAUUAAAGCAGCAGUGGGAGCUGGAGAACUUGGAAGAAGAAAGGAGACAAAUGGAAGAGCACCGGAAGGAGAUGGAGCUUGGUCGCUUUUUGAAGCAUCAGUGUGAUGCCCAGCUGAAGAGACGAGCCCAGCAGAUCCAAGAGGAGCUGGAGAUGGACAGGCAGAUCCUAUCAGCCCUCCUGGAGAAGGAGGAGGAGGAGGAGCAACGCCACUGCUCAGCACAGCAGGAGCGAGCUGUCGCCGGCGUGGCCUGGCUGAAACACGUCCUUGAGGAGCAGCUCCAGUUAGAAAAGCAGAGGGAGGCAGAGCUGCAGACUGUUUUCAGAGAAGAAGCUAAAAAGAUGUGGGAGAAGAGGGAAGAAGAAUGGGAAAGGGAGAAGGCGGCCAGAGAUCGCCUGAUGAAUGAGGUCCUGGCAGGCAGGCAGCGCCAGAUCCAGGAAAGGAUGGAGCUGACCAGACGAGCCCAGGAGGAGCUGAUAAAGUAUCGAGAGCAGCUCAUUCAGGAGCUGGAGGAGGCAAAAGAGCUGCUGAGAAGGCAGAGGGAGCAGCAGGAGGAGCUGAAGACAGCCCCCAGGCAGGAGCUGCAGGCACAGGUGGCAGAGCAUUGCUUGCAAGAGCAGGAGUACCAGCAGGAGGCAGAGGAGAGCUCAGCCUGGCAGCAGGACAGGGAGCUGGCACGGCAUGAGCAGGGGUACCACAGCAGGCUCCACAGAUACCCAAAAGCAGCCUGGACCUGAGGAUUCUUACUUUUUGCACCUGAGGAACAAGCACUAAAAGAAGUUGCAGGCAUCAGAAUGAAAACUCUGAAGAAUCAGAGAGCUCCUGGGAAGGGCUUCCAAGGACACCAAGAUUCAGCUCAGUAGAUUUCUGAUCAUAUUUAGCUGAAUACAAGGGCUGGGCUUCAGGAAGGUGGAGAUGUGAGCAUCCCUGGAGGGUUGAACUUCGUGGUCAGGAGUUGAGAUGAUGAAUUUUAGUAUGUGCUACGUCCACCAAAUCAUCCAGGAACAAAUCUGUGCCUCCUGGGGAACAGAAACUGUGAACCUUGUCUCACUUCUGAGGACCAGGACGUCUUCCAGGAGUGAAUUCUUGGUGUAUACUGCAAAUCAGACAAGGUGUGGUGCAGCAGCAGCUCUCAACCUGUCCAGUUUCUCUCCAGAAGGUGCUUCAGGAAAUGCUUUUCACUUGUUUUAUAAAUAAUUGCACCCUGAACAAAUGUUUGGUUCUUUACAUGAGCAGACUGCUGGAGAAGAGGAGGCUCAGGGCAGACCUCAUUGCUGUCUACAACUACCUGAAAGGAGGUUGCAGCCAGGUGGGGUUGGGCUCUUCUCCCAGGCAACCAGCAAGAGAACAAGGGGACAGAGUCUCAAGCUGUGCCAGGGGAGGUCUAGGGUGGAUGUUAGGAGGAAUUUGUUGUCAGAGAGAGUGAUUGGCAUUGGAAUGGGCUGCCCAGGGAGGUGGUGGAGUCGCCAUCCCUGGAGGUGUGGAAGCCAAGCCUGGCUGGGGCACUUAGUGCCAUGGUCUGGUUGAUUGGAUAGGGCUGGGUGCUAGGUUGGACUGGAUGAGCCUGGAAGUCUCUUCCAACCUGCUUGAUUCUAUUCUAUCAGGAGGGAAAUUUUCACUGCACUCAAUUCCUUCCUAUCAUCACAAGCAGCUUAUGUUGCCAUUUCAGCUGGUGUGGCACCUUCUGAUCCUGUCACCAUGCUUGAGGAGCUGUUACAGAGAAGGUUUCUAAGGCUGUUUGUUAGAAAUCUGGUGCUGCCCCAACUCACCAAUACAAACCUCUCCCAGGAUCUUUACAGAACCAGCAAACAACCUCCAAUAACUUCACACAACAAAAGACUUUUAGCAUUUUAUAGUAAUACUGUAAACAAAAUGAUUAAGUCAAAAUAUUGUACAGACAGAAUGACACAGAUAAAUACAAGUUGGGAGGGGGAGGGGGGGAAAGGCAGAAAAAGAAACCCCCAGCCCCAUUUUUUACUGUCUUAGGCAGCAUUUUGUAAAGAAAAAGCAAGUUUGUUUAUGGGAGAAAGAGAGAUCUGGUCAUAAAAGAAUAAAAAACUUACUUUCAGGUGUUCUAAA